GGGUGUAGGGGGUGUGCUGUCCCAGUGCAGGCUGUGUCUGUAUCUGGGUUGACUGCACCAACUCACCUGCGCUGGGUCCGGGCUCCUGGGAGCCCUUUGAGGUGAGGUUCUCUGUGGUGCUUGGCUCCGUUGCCCUGAGCUAUGGGGCACUGUCUCUGAGACACCACUGGAUGCUCUGGCUCCUGGUGCUGCAGUGCAUGAUGGGACCUGUAGUCUCUGUGAGCUGCCUUCUCCCAUUCAGCAUCAAGCUGGUUGCACUCUGCUCCCUUGGGCACACACUGGGCGAAGUCAUUGUGUUGCUCCCGGGCAGGGCUGCUGUGCCCAGUGCUAGCAGGCUCUCGGAGGACAGAUCUCAGCCCCAUCUCAGACCCUUCGAAACGCUGCGUGAACCCUCCUUUCUGCCUGCGAUUGCCAUUCUCUGUCCCGUAGGCGGGUUUCACCGGAUAGCAGCAAGGCUCGGGAUUCAUUGAGAUCCUGCCAAAGAAGUGCCAGGCAGGAUCAGGCCAGCAAACCCCUCUCUUUGUAUCUAGGCUUAAAUAGCAGGCUGGCCAGGAGAUCACAGCUCUGGCUGAGUGACAGAGGGGCCGUGACAAGCGUUCACAGCGUCCUGCCCAGCAGCUCUCCCCGGGAAGCUCAGCCCUUGAGGUGCUCCAGAACCCACACCAAGUCCCCAACGCCCAGUGAUGCUCAGAUGCUGGGUUUUCGUUCCAGUCCCGUCUCUGCUCCUAACCCAUGAAAAGCCUCGUCUGUACGCGGCUCGCCAAGUGCUGGCUGUGAAGAACAGCCUGGGGGUGGGGGGAAGGCGCAGGAUCUGAUGGGUGAUGGCUGUGCCAGUGAAUGUAAGUGUAGGGCCCCCGGGGUGCUCUAAGGAUGGUGGGUGUCUCAGCUUGGAUCCCCUACCCGGGAACGUUACCCCGGCUGUAGCACGUCUCCUGCGUAGAUCUCAAGGCGGGUUAGGAUUGUUAUCCCUGAGACACAGGCUGUCCCGCAGGGCAGAGCCGGGCUGAGCUGAGCACCUGGGUCUCCUGUGUCCCCGUUUCCCGCCCUCUCCACCAGACCACGCGGCCUCCCACUCAGAAGCUGAGGCUGUCUCCCCAGCCACAGGAUGGAAAGGGUUAAUGUUGUUCUGUGUUUGCUGUGGGUUCCCAGCGAGGAGGAGCUGGAGAUGUGUUCCCUGAAGGUCUUGGAGCCCCGCGGGAGCCCCAGCCAGUGCCUCCUGCAGCUGCUGUCAGAGCGGGACUGCACCCUCAAGUACCUGCUCUGCUGCUUGGAUAAGAUGGGACACACCGAGGCCUUCCAGUUUCUCUCCAGUGUCGUCCAAGAGUCCAUCAGGAUCGUGGUGCAGCCCGAAUCUCAGGUGGUUACAGAAGGGACCCGAGCGUCUUUCAGCUGCUGGGCGACGGGGCCCCCGGGACUCAGCUACCAGUGGUUCUGUGGGAAGCAGGAGGUGCCUGGUGCCACCUCCCCUGAGCUGGUGAUUGACCCAGCCACUCUACAGACUCCGGAUUGGUACAUCUGCCGCGUUAACCACAGGGCCAGCUUCGCGUUCUCCAGGUGGGCCCGGCUCCAGGUCAAGCGGAGCAGCAGCCCUGCCUCAGCGAGCGGCUAUUGCCCAACAAUGGUGGGACUGCAGAUCCUUUGUCAGCCCCAGCCCUGCAACUUGGACGAAGGGGACUCCCUCCAGCUGCGGUGCGUGGCCAUCGGGAACCCACCGCCCCAGUACCAGUGGUUCCGAAACGGGAGUCCGAUUGAGGGGGCGCGGAACUCCCACCUCCAGGUGAAGCUGGUGACAACCGCGGAGAGAGGCCGCUAUGCCUGCAAGGUGUUUAACCUCUUCCAGGAGCUGUGGAGCCAGGACACGGUGGUGGAGAUUGGCCCACAGCUGUUUGCCUCCGGAGGCUCCUGGCGGGAGGAGGACGCAGGGAGUGCCCCAGAGCACAACGGCCCCAGCCAGUUGUACGCCACAGACAAAGUGGCCCUGCUGAUGGGCAACAUGAACUACCUGCACCACAAGCACCUGAAAGCACCCAUGGUGGACGUACACGAACUGACCAACCUGCUGCGCCAGCUGGAUUUCAAGGUGGUCUCCCUGCUGGACCUGAGCAAGGACGAGAUGCAGAUGGCCGUCAACGAGUUCCUUCUCCUCUUGGACAAAGGAGUGUACGGUUUGCUCUACUACGCUGGCCACGGCUACGAGAACUUUGGAAACAGCUUUAUGGUUCCGAUUGACGCGCCGAGAUCCUAUACCUCGGAGCACUGCCUGUGCGUGCAGAGUGUGCUGAAGAGCAUGCAGCAGCGGCAAACCGGCCUCAACAUCUUCCUGCUGGACAUGUGCCGCAAGAGGAACCUGAACGACGACAUCAUCCCGCAGGUGGGGGCGCUGCAGGUCACAGCUAACAUCGUCUUCGGCUACGCCACAUGUGCGGACGCAGAGGCCUACGAGCUGAGCCAAGGGGAACUGUUCAACGGCAUCUUCGUCAGCUUCCUGAAGCGAUGGCUGCUGGAGGAGGAGAAGAUCACGGUGCUGCUGGACAAGGUGGCGGAAGACAUGGGAACCCUGGAGAUCACCAAGGGCAGGCAGGCGCUGGAGCUGCGGAGUAACCUGUCCGAGCGACGAGCCCUCACUGAUCCAAUUAAACCGUCCGAGGGCCCAGAGGAGUUCUCUGUCAGGAACCUGCAAUGGGCCAAGGCCCAUGUGCUUCCUGAAAGCCGAUACCUCCAGUUCGACUGCGGGGCUCGGGUACAGCUGGGCUUCGCUGCUGAGUUCUCCAACAUCUUGAUCAUCUACACCCGCAUCGUCGAGAUGCCGCAGGAGAUCACACGGUGUGAAGCAAAACUCACAGAUGUCCCAGAGGAGCUGGAUGUGGAUUUGAAAUUUACCAACAAGGAGAGCCCAGAGGAAAUGGGGAGCAGCCUCUCCCUGGCCUGGAGCCUCAGUUUCCCCGAGUGUUGCCUCUACAGCCGCCUCUGUGGCCUGCAGAAGCUGAGGAAGGAACUGGCCUUCACCAUCUGCCUUCAGUACCAAUACCAAGGACUCGACGACUUCCUUGAGGAGAGCCAGUCAGUAAAUAUCGGGAAACCACUGAUUGCAAAGCUCAACCUGUGUGUCAGCGACGGGCCAGGGGCAAACACCCCACUGGCUCAUGCAGACUUGUGUGCAGACGCCUUGACCGGCUCAUUCCAAAGCACCGGGAGCAUGGAGACCUCCGAGUCACCAGCUGCCUCAGAGACCUACCGGAGUCUGCCUUGUGACUCGCACCUUGGCAACUGGUGUGCUGAAGAUGGCCAGUGGGCAAACACCCCCGAGGAGAACCUGAGCCCUGAGUUCCCAGGCUCUCGCUCCAUGUAGCGCUCGGGGUCCGGCAUAAACGUCACCAUCCACUUCUCUUCCCAGCGUGGACCGAAGGAAACCGCUAGGGUCAGAUUCUGCCCUGGCCUCCACCCCACACAGUUAACAGAGACUGGGAACCAGUCUGUAAAUGGAUCACUGAGCACCAAAUAACACAGAGCUAUUGACAGGCGCGAGAGUCCCAGAUCCCAAGGCAGAAGGGACCACUGGGCUCGCCUAGUCCAGUCUCCUGCAGUGCACACCUCAACCCAGUAGGGGCUGCACCGGCCCAGGACUUAGCUGUUUCCCUCUUUCCCGCACUAGCGAUGGAACGCUGUGUCCGUAGUCCUCCCAGCCAGCCCACGCUGGCCUCUCUGCAUGGGAUCGCAGGGAAACCCGGGCGCUGCUGGGGAGUUGUACUGAGAAAAUAAACGUAGACCUUAAUAUAGAAGAAGAGACGGGCCUUCUGCACCAAUGGGGGGCUGGGGGGGGGUGUUGGGGGUAGGAGAGGAAGCACUUGCCCUUGAAGCUUCAGCUCAGAUCCCCCCUGCCAGGGUAGUGCCCACAACAGUGGCCGGCUGGUGGCUGCUCAGCCAGUACAAACCCCCCUUCGUGAUGGGGAGUCCCCAUCUCCCCCUGGCAGACGCAGUAGAGCAGGGGUUCUCAAACUGGGGUCGGGACCCCUCAGGGGGUCGUGAGGUUAUUACAUGGGGGGUUGCGAGCUGUCAGCCUCCAGCCCAAACCCUGCUUUGC